AUGCAAGAAACUAUGAAAACAGUGAAGCACCUCAAGGACUUUGACACCUUUUCUGCUAUUCAAGACCUGGUAGUAAGACUUCCACCUUAUUACAGCAAGAAGUGGUUACAAAGUGCGAAAGCGGUUGAGCUUGUUAAAGGAAAGUAUGAUUUUAACGACCUAGUUAACUUUGUGCAAAAGGCAGCAAAGGAUGCAACUCAUCCAGUGUUCUCGCAUGAAGUUCUGUUAUCUAAGAGAAAGGAGUUGUUGAAAGACAAGAAGCAAGAAGACAAGAAUAGUUAUCACAAGAGAAAGUUUGGCUCAUUCAACACAAGUAAGUACAAUGAAAGCUCUGGUCAUAGUGAUAAGAACAUAAAUGAACUCAUGUGCCCUGCAUGUAGAAAGCCUCACAAAUUGGACAACUGUGACAUAUUCCUAAAGAAGUCUGUAAAGGAACGAUCAGAAUUAGCUAAGUCGAAAGGGCUUUGCUUCCUGUGUUUAUGUCAUGGUCAUAUGGCCAGGAAUUGCAAAGAAUCCAUUAGAUGCCAGACUUGUAAGAAACCCCAUGCCACACUUCUCCAUUUUGAAUCCAAGGAGUCUAAGAACGGGAAUAAGAAAGAGAACGAAGAGUCUAGCAAAGAAAAGCCUAAAGUAGCUAAUCGUGUCGUAGUGUGUCAUAGCAAUGAUUGCAAUGAAGUAACAACAUCGUCUUUAAUACUUCCGGUAUGGAUAUGUCACAAGGACAAUCCUGAGAAGAAAAUAAUGACAUAUGCUGUUUUAGAUGAUCAAAGUGACACAUGCUUUGUAACGGACAGUGUUUGUGAUCAGUUAGAAAUUGAAGCACCUGAGACUGUGAUUGAGUUAGGAACAAUGCACGCUGUAGAAGAUAUCAGAACCCAGAAAAUUAGCGGUCUUAUUGUUUCAUCGGAAGAUAAGUCAGUAGAUGUACCUUUACCAAAAGAUUAUUCCCGUGAAAAUAUUCCAGCACGUCGAGAUCAGAUCCCUAGAGUAGAAAUGGCGAUCAAUUGGAGUCAUUUGAGUCCAAUUGCCAAUGAAAUACCAGAAUAUCGUGAUGAUCUCGGUAUUGGUCUCCUAAUUGGUAACAAUUGUGUCGAAGCUAUCAAACCACGUGACGUUAUUCCCGGAAAACCUCAAGACCCGUAUGCUAUUAGAACUGUAUUCGGUUGGGGUUUGAUUGGAGUAACAAACCCUGUUGAUCACCGCGAAUGCCAAUCAGACGGAACUAGAAUACAUUGCCAUCGAGUUACAACCAAAGAUAUCACAACCCAGAGUACUGGUUCGACAUUUGUAGAGCAAACCCAAGUAAAGGAAGUACUGAAUCCUCACGAAGUGUUAAAGAUGUUUGAACAGGACUUUUCGGAAAAGAAGAGAGAGAAACCAAUGUCGUUAUAA